UUUCUCAGUUGUUCUCUACUCCAUUUUUGAUCUCUCUCCUCCGCCCUAUUUUCCCUUUCCCGCCCUUCCCUGUCUGAUUUUUCUUAUCCUCUCCGACAAUGCCCGCCAAGCGCCGCUCCAAGUCCGCCACUCCCACCUCCGUUAAGCCCGACACUGAUGUUUCUUCCCCUAACAAGAAGCUCAAAACCGAGCUCAAUGGAGAUGGUUCGAGUCCCAUUUCUCUCUCCCCUAAAGUGGCGGCUCAGACUCAGACUCAGGCUCAGACCAGGAAGGUGAAGGCAGAGAUUGACGGCGACGAGGAGGAGACUGCGGCUAGGUUUGUGAAGCCUCACAUUCCGGAUAAUGAAGCCAGGGAGCGGUGGCCUUUGAGGUAUCAGGGAAAGAAGAAGAAAGUAGCUGGGGCAAAAAACUCGAGGGACGACUCUGUGGAUGUAGUCCAGGCUCUGCAUCAUUAUUCAGUGGCUGAAGUCGACAAUAUCGUUUAUAAUCUCUUUGAUGAUGCCCAUGUGAAGGCUGAGGAUGGGGAGGACGAUUAUAUAUGCAGAAUUGUUGAAAUGUUCGAGGCUGUCGAUGGACAACUAUAUUUCACUGCACAAUGGUAUUAUAGAGCUAAAGAUACUGUUGUGAAAGACCAUGCUCAUCUCAUCAAUGACAAGCGUGUUUUCUUUUCAGAAGUUCGGGACGAUAAUCCAUUGGAUUGCCUCGUUAGGAAGCUAAAUAUAGCUAGAAUACCUCUAACUAUGGCCACGGAUAAGAAGAAAAAGCAUCUUCCAGUGUGUGACUUCCACUGUGACAUGUUAUACUUGCUACCAUAUUCUACGUUCGUUAAACUGCCAGCAAGUGAGAAAAGGAUUGGCAGUGACACAUCAUCAACAAUUUCUUCCGAGGUUGAUACCAAUGGAGCUUGUGAAGUGAACUCGGAAAUUGGGGAUGUCACUCAAGCACAGCAACGUUGUAAGCCUGACGUUACACUCCUCGAUUUGUAUUCAGGAUGUGGGGCUAUGUCUACUGGAUUGUGCUUAGGAGCCAAUUUGUCCGGGGUGAACCUAGUCACGAAAUGGGCAGUUGAUUUGAAUCAAUAUGCUUGUGAAAGUGUAAAGUUCAAUCACCCCGAGACAGAGGUGAGAAAUGAAAUGGCAGAGGAUUUCUUAUCGUUGUUGAAAGAAUGGGAAGUGCUUUGCAAAUAUUUUUCUUUGGUAAAAUGUAAAGAGCCACAACAGAAGUACAUUGAUCUUUUUGCUAAUGAUGAUGAAGAAGAGGAAGAAGAAGAAGAGGAAGAUGAAAAGAGUGAAGAUGAUGGAGAAGUGUUUGAAGUAGAAAAAGUACUUGCAAUAUGCUAUGGCGAUCCCAACGAAACUAAAAAGCGUGGAUUGUUUCUUAAGGUCCGUUGGAAGGGUUAUGGCCCUGAUGAAGACACGUGGGAGCCAAUCGAGGGGUUGAGCAACUGCAAGGAAAAGUUGAAAGAUUUCGUGACAAGUGGUUACAAUUCAAAGAGUUUACCUUUGCCUGGUGAUGUUGAUGUUAUAUGUGGAGGGCCUCCCUGCCAAGGCAUUAGUGGCUUCAAUCGCUUCAGGAACACAGAAAAUCCACUGGAAGAUGAAAAAAACAAACAGCUUGUUGUCUAUAUGGACUUAGUAGAGUAUCUUAGGCCUAAAUACGUUUUGAUGGAGAACGUAGUCGAUAUCGUUAAGUUUGCCAAUGGAUUUUUGGGACGGUAUGCACUUGGUCGUUUAAUAUCAAUGAAUUAUCAAGUUCGUAUGGGAAUGAUGGCAGCAGGUGCAUAUGGACUUCCACAAUUUCGUAUGCGUAUGUUUAUGUGGGGCGCCCAACCAACCGAGAAACUUCCACAGUAUCCUCUUCCAAGUCACGAUGUUGUAGUGAGAGGUGUAAUUCCAACUGAAUUUGAGAUGAAUGUCGUGGCUUAUGAUGAACGACAUACUGACAUUCAGCUGGAACAGAAGCUUCUUUUGGAAGAUGCAAUUUCUGAUCUUCCUGCUAUUGCAAAUUCUGAACGUCGGGAUGAAAUGCCUUAUGACCAACCUCCUAAGACCGAGUUUCAGCGUCUAAUUAGAUCGCCUAGGGAAGAAAGAUUUGAUUCUUCUAAAAAGUUAAAGCCAGCAAUGCACGAACUAUAUGAUCAUCGGCCACUCGAACUAAAUACAGAUGACUAUCAACGAGUUUGUCAGAUCCCGAAGAGAAAGGGAGCAAACUUUAGAGAUUUACCUGGCGUUCGUGUUCGUCCCGAUAAUAAAGUUGAAUGGGAUCCUGACGUUAAGAGAGUAUAUUUGGAAUCUGGAAAGCCUUUGGUUCCUGAUUACGCCAUGAGUUUCGUAAAUGGAUCAUCAUCGAAGCCAUUUGCUCGUUUAUGGUGGGACGAGACGGUGCCAACAGUCGUUACUCGAGCAGAGCCUCACAACCAGGCAAUUACACAUCCAGAGCAAGAUAGAGUUUUGACGAUUCGUGAAAAUGCAAGACUUCAAGGCUUUCCAGAUUAUUACAAGCUCCACGGGCCAGUGAAAGAAAGGUACAUACAAGUAGGAAAUGCUGUAGCAGUACCGGUAGCUCGAGCAUUAGGAUACUCGUUAGGCAUGGCGUUUCAAGGUUUCGCAGCAGAUGCGCCUGUGUUUAGUCUACCGAAAAAGUUCCCCAACAUUCUCGAAAAGCAUUCUUCUGCAUCGUCCGAAGAAGUCGCCUGAAGAGGUAAUUCUUUCUUCCAAGAGAUCAAAUAUAAAAUUAUGUUGUAUGCUACUACUGAUUGAAUUGUUGGACUGUUCAUCAUCUUAUCUCAUUGUUGUAAUGUGGAAAUGUAGAAUGACAGAUAACCUUGAUAUAUUUAUAUCAUAACCAAUUCUAUGGCAGUGUCUAUCA